CUCAAUCAACGACAGCUUUUCAACGGUUGCAGUAUUUCGGCAUCAUUUCGCACAGUUUAAUUCUCCAGAAACACUAGUCAAUGACAAUGGUCCACAAUUCACAUGGAACGAGUUCAACCGAUUUCGUCAAUCCAUGGGCGUACAUAUCCGUAGUCCUAUUUAUCAUCCCCAGUCGAAUGGAUAGGCUUAGAGGAGAGGAAGAUAUUGCUGUAAAGUUGGAUGUUCUCCCAAAUCAACAAUCAACGUCGGAACUUUUUAUUGGUCGACGUUUACGCAUACCGUUAUAUGCCAUGCUUCCAGCAAAGAAGACUAAUGGGCAUGACCAGAAAAUGGCAGAUCAUUUCAAUCCUAAGCAUGGUACUUGCAAACGAUAUUUUCACCCCGGUGACCCAGUGAGUUUGGAUUCCCGGAAUUGCAAAGCAAGAAAAGGAAAUAUCCUGUAUGAAGUGGAAUGUUAAAACCGAUUGAUUACACGACAUGUGAAUCACAUCAAACAUCGUUAUACAUCCGAAGAAGUUCAGCAAGAUGACACUACAGAGAUUCCCCUAUACAUUUAGAUUCAUUUGCUUUGCUUAAGCCGACGGAACCACAAACAGAGCAACGCGUUGGUGUGAGCACAGAAGUGGAACUUGAAUGAAGACAUUCCACAAGUACACGCCCCCAGUUCAGUGACUCGGUGUCAUUCCAAGCAAAGAUCUUACGUGUAACAUUUUAUCUUUAGCCGGGGAAGAUGGUAGAGAGAGCAUGUAUGUCAGCCAGACAAAAAAUGUAAAAAGCG